AUGAGCCCUCGAGACCCAGCCGUGGCUCGGGCAGUCGCACAGGAGGCGGGGCCGGACGGCAGUGAGGAAGACGCCAAAACGGCCUCUCCCGCCGAUCCAGACCUAGACGCACAAACACCCGUGGUCGAGACGUGGCACGAGGCUGUCGACGCCGUCCUCGAGGCGACCCGCGCCGCCUUCCCCAAGAGCCCCGUCUUCGACUCGACCUCGCCAGACGACUUCCAGGGUUACUGGCGCGGCGUGUUCACGCGGCUGCGCGAGAGGGUCGCGUCGGACGAAAGCAUCCCCCAGCAUCUCACGUCGCCGCCCAGCAGGACGUUCUGGGUCAACCUUUUCGCUCAGGGCCCCACCGCCGGGCCUGCGUGCCCCUGCUGCCUGCCUGACGUCGAGCCUAGCGUCAGACUCGAGAAUGACGCCGGCGUCACGAAGGAGGACCUCGUCGCGGGGCUGGGCGGGUUCCUGUACGGGGGCGGGCGGCCGCCUCGCGUCCACGUUGAGGACCCGGAGCGGGACGACGUCAUACCGGAGGAGAGCGAAGCGCAGAGGCCCGGCGUGUUAGUGCACGGGGCGGACUGGAUGAGUGGGGGCGGCGGGGGCGAUGAUGAGGGAAGGCGGGCUCCUGCGGGCAGGAGCCGCAACCUAGUCGCUGCAGAACGGCGGUCCGGGUGGGUCGACGCCGUGUUCGUGAAGCCGGGAGGGAUCUCGACGGACUCCCGCCGCGGCCACGAGCUCUCCACCGAGGGGUCGCAGACCUUUGUGAGCUUCCUGGACGUCGCGGGAGGGAUGGUGCAGUGCGCCGACGAGGGCGCCGCGCGCUGGGCGGGCGGGAGCGUCAGCGUGCUGUCGAGGGGCAAGGCCCGCGUCGAGUGGUCGAGCGGGCCGGUGCUGUUGAGGAACAUGGUGUGUACUUGGGUCCCGUGGCUGUAUCCAUGGCUGUUUUAA